AUGGGAAACGCCGGGGCCUGCUGUGCCUCCAGCACCUCCACGGAGAAGCCGGAGGUGGCCGUGGCCACGCCGGGCCCAGCGGGCCCAGCGGGUCAGCCGGCGCCGCCAGAGCCGCAGAGCGGCGCUCCGACGGAGGAGCAAACGAAGUCCGCCUCCGCCUCCGCGACGGACCCGGCUGGGCCCAAGAGGGUGGUGCUGCGCUUCGUGCUGCCAGAUGGCGGCACGCAGGACAUCGAGUUCGAGAACAAGCCUCUGGGGAUCGACUUCAGCCGAAGUCUGCCGCUCACGUGCAAGCGCUUGAAGCCCGGCAUGCAAGGCGAACAGAAAGAGGUGAAGAUCGGCUGGUGUGUUACGCACAUCAACGACACGCCCGUCCCCGUCACUGGGAUACAGUGCGAGGAUGAGUUGUACAGGUGGUACAUGCAGCACGAGGAUGAGCCCGGAGGGGAGAAUGAUGAUUCAUGUGCAAAAGUGGAUCCCGAGGACGAUGUCGAAGAGGUGGACCCAGCACCAAGGAGGCGUACCAAGACCUCUGCAGCCAGUCAGGAGAAGACGGGGGCCAAGCGCAACGAUGCUGCGAAGGUUCUUGCAGCGAAGGCCCAGGCUGCAGCAUCCAGUGAGUGGCCUGAAAAGCGAGCCCGCUCACAGGACGUGGUUCAGGCGCUGCAGAAGGUGCUACACCCUCGAUGCCGAGAGCGGGACCCGGACAUGGAGGAUGACUCCUGCAACGAUGGCCCCGAGGACGAUGAGGCACUGGGGGAGGGCAGUGAAAGCACCAGCUUGGUGGCCAAGAACAAGCAGCAGUCUGAGAAUCGAUUUCGUGAGAUGCGUACUGCGGACUAUGGCACUUUGGAAUGGGGUCUGGAGCGGGAGAAGAUGGGUGGAAAGAAGUGGACAAGUGGAGUCCUCAAUCCAGACCCCGGAUCUCAUCGCGAGAAGGAGGGUCUGGACUGGCCCCUGAUCUCGGCGCGAGAAGGGGCCCAUUCAGAUCGAGCGGUGGAAACACGCGGAGUCACAGCCGAACGGCUGGGGGAGGAGUGCACCUUCGCCCACUGCCGGGAGGAGCUCCGGUCCUUGAGACCCAAGCGACAUCCGCACGGGCCCGGGCCGCACGGGGCCGGCGGGGCGCUCCAAAGCGCCGCCGCCGCGGCCCCAAGCGCCAGCACUUCCGCAUCCAACUCCAAUCUUCUCAUGACAGUGCCGAAGACCAGGUUUCCGGGCAAGGAGGACGGUACCCCGGAGGUAACGGAGGACUCCGAGGCCUCCGAGGCUGAGCCGUCUUUCACCGUAGUGGAGUUCGAGUCUGUGGAGCAAGUCUGCGGGUAUCUCCUGGAGGAGGACACGCUUCCCUCGCUCCGAACGCGGAACCUGCUCUUCGAGCUUUAG